AUGGUGAUUACUGCAAGAAAUCUGAGUGUGGAGACAACCUUCAUCCUCUUAGGUUUUGCAGAUUAUCCAGAGCUGCAGAUCCCUCUCUUCCUGGUGUUUCUGAUCAUGUACAGUCUCACGGUGGUAGGAAACCUUGGGAUGAUCAUACUCAUCAAGACGAACCCCAAAUUUCACACCCCCAUGUACCUUUUCCUUAGUCAUCUUUCAUUUAUUGAUUUCUAUUACUCUUCCAUCAUCAUACCCAAGCUGCUAGAGAACUUGGUGAUGACGGAUAAAAGCAUCUUCUACGCCAGCUGCAUGCUGCAAUUCUUCCUGUCUUGCAUGGCCGUGGUGACCGAAUCUUACUUGUUGGCUGUAAUGGCCUAUGACCGCUUUGUGGCCAUCUGUAAUCCCCUCCUGUAUACCGUGGCCAUGUCACAGAGGCGCUGCACCCUGUUAGUGGCUGGUUCAUAUAUCUGGGGUAUAUUUUGUCCCUUGGUACUCCUUUGCCACGCACUGCAGCUCAACUUCUCUGGAUUUCAUGUGAUCAACCACUUUUUCUGCGAAUACACUUCCCUCAUCACCGUCUCCAGCUCUGACAUCCACACGCCCCACCUGCUCCUUUUCUGCUUUGCUACCUUCAAUGAGGUGAGUACGCUGCUGAUCAUCCUCACCUCCUAUGUGUUUAUAUUUGUCACGGUGCUGAAAAUACGCUCUGCCAGCGGGCGGCGCAAAGCCUUCUCCACCUGUGCCUCCCACCUGACCGCCAUCACCAUCUUCCACGGGACCAUCCUGUCCCUGUACUGUGUGCCCAACUCGAAAAACUCUCGCCACGUGGUCAAAGUGGCCUCCGUCUUCUACAUGGUCGUCAACCCCAUGCUGAACCCUCUGAUCUACAGCCUGAGAAACAAAGACGUGAAAGAGGUUUUCCAGAAAUUCCUGGCCACCAAAAGUCCAUGGCACUGA